CGCCGCCCUGGCCACGCCUCCUGGGGGCCUCGCGCCUCCGCCGCCACCCACGCUGCCCCCGGAAGGGUCCUGGAGAAGUUGCUGGAGGUCUUCGGUGACUCCUGUGACGAUGGAACAGCAAAAAGACGAGGCUGGAUCGAAAGGGAACAACGUGUCCCUGCAGUCACCUGGGACCGAGGCCUGGCCGCCCUUGCCCUUCCCAGCCCUUCGCCCCUCACUCCUGGGCACCCCAGACCCAGCCCAUCUGGGGCUCCCGGAGCAGCUGGCCUCUCUUACUGUCCCCAUCCGCCUGGACGCCCUCUCCUACCUCCUGCACAACGCCCUGCUGGGGGCCUACAGGCUCCAGCAGGCCUUGCCCUCCUGCCCCUGCUCGGCUCAGGCCUACCAUGCCCAGCCAGGCACAGCCCACAGGCCAUCCAGGGGGCGUGGGCGCCGGCCAGCCCGGGGCUGGGGCCCACAGAGGUGGGGUGCUGGGAGAGCUGAGGCCCCUGAGAGGGCCAGGGCGGAGGGCCCUGGGGCUGGUCCCCAGGCCUGGGCGAAGAGGCUGCCAUUCCCGCCCACACUGCCGGCCCAGAGUGGGAAGAAGGAAGCCUGGGAUGUGGAGCCACCCCCGGACGCCCCUGCUCCCGAAGACUGGGACACAGAGUACUAGGGCCCUGGAGGGCGGCCAGCAGCCACCACAGUGGGGUUUCCGGUGCAGAAGGAGCCUGAUUGUCACCUGGACCUGCUUAGACCCCAAGCCAGAAAAAGUCUGCACCUCACACCCCUGCCCAGACCCGCAGCGGCCGCUCUGUGUCCUCACCCUGCCUCCCAGUGCCAUCCCUAACUACAGCCACGACCCUAAGGUCACUGUCGGGCCCCGGGGGCUGCUCCGGGCUGCUCCGGACAGAUGCCUCAGAGCCAUUCCCCAGCCCCCUCUGCCCUGGGUCCUAUCCCAAGCCCGCUCCCUCCCACCAUCUCCAGCCGGCUCUGUGCCUCUGCCCCUGGCCUCCCUUCACCACCAGCCUCGGUUCAUGGUGCUGGGAUUGAACCCAGGCAGGGCCUCAGGCACCCGGGCAGGGCCUCUGCUACCCAGCUGCCUCCUCAGCCCUUCUCAACUCGUAUUCCCUUUUGAGACAGGGUCUCCGCAGCUCGAGCAGGCUGACCCUGACCUUGAGCUCGGCCCCUCAGCUAGGUGUGCCCCGCCCCGGCCCAGCCACUCCCCGCGUCUUGGUCUUUAUUCCGUGCCCCAACCCUUCCUGUCCUUUACCCUGGUCCUACCUUCCAGCCCCAGCCGCAGCCCAUCGCGUCUUCAGGGUCCUUCCUGUCCCAGCCCAACUCUGACCCCCUCAGCCCCACCCCAGGGAGCCCCAAGGCCCCCGGCCCCCACUCUCCCCUGCUCCUAGGGGUGGGAAUCCCUGGUUGAGCAAUAA